CUAAAUACCCUGCUGAAAGCUGGAGAUGAUAAUUUGGACUGUUCAUCUUUGGAAUACCCCACAAGCUCAGGACUCUCCAAAUCAAGCUUCACUAGACAAGCAACCCUUCUCACCUCGGAUUUCAAGAUGGCAAAGAAGGCAGGCAGUACCCUGAGCGAGGAUGAGAAGUUCCUCUUCUUGGACAAGAACUUCAUCAACAGCCCGGUGGUACAGGCCGACUGGGCUGCCAAGAAGCUGGUGUGGGUCCCGUCUGAGAAACACGGCUUCGAGGCAGCCAGCAUCAAGGAGGAGCGUGGGGAUGAGGUUGUGGUGGAGCUGGCUGAGAACGGCAAGAAGGCGACCAUCAACAAGGAUGACAUCCAGAAGAUGAACCCUCCCAAGUUCAGCAAGGUGGAGGACAUGGCUGAGCUCACCUGCCUCAACGAGGCCUCUGUGCUGCACAACCUGAGGGAGAGGUACUUCUCCGGGCUCAUCUAUACAUACUCAGGUCUCUUCUGCGUGGUGGUAAACCCCUACAAAAUGCUACCCAUCUACUCUGAGAAAAUCAUUGAAAUGUACAAGGGGAAGAAGCGCCACGAGAUCCCUCCACACAUCUACUCCAUUGCCGACAACGCGUACAGGAGCAUGUUGCAAGAUCGUGAAGACCAGUCUAUCCUCUGCACAGGUGAGUCUGGAGCUGGCAAGACAGAGAACACGAAGAAGGUGAUUCAGUACCUGGCUGUAGUCGCUUCAUCCCACAAAGGCAAGAAGGAGACCAGCAUCACUCAACAGCCAGGAGCGCAGUUUGGUUUCGGGGAACUGGAGAAGCAGCUGCUCCAGGCCAAUCCCAUCCUGGAAGCUUUUGGGAAUGCCAAGACCAUCAAGAAUGACAACUCUUCCCGAUUCGGUAAAUUUAUCCGCAUCAACUUUGACGUGACUGGCUACAUUGUGGGAGCCAACAUUGAGACCUAUCUACUGGAAAAAUCCCGCUGUAUCCGUCAAGCCAAGAUCGAGAGAGCCUUCCACAUCUUCUACUAUCUGCUGGCAGGGGCUGGAGAGCAACAACGCAAGGAGCUGCUGCUGGAAGGAUUUGGGAAUUAUCGCUUCCUCAUGGCAGGGCACGUUCCAGUCCCAGGAACAUCGGACAGUGAGAUGUUUGAGGAGACCCUGGAGGCCAUGAGAAUUAUGGGUUUCACCGAGGAAGAGCAGACAGGAAUCCUGAAGAUUGUCUCCUCAGUUCUGCAGUUUGGAAACAUUGUGUUCAAGAAGGAGAGGAAUAAUGACCAGGCAUCCAUGCCUGACAACACAGCCGCCCAGAAAGUGUGCCACCUGCUGGGGAUAAACGUGACAGAUUUCACACGAGCCAUCCUCACCCCACGUAUCAAAGUGGGUCGCGACGUGGUCCAGAAAGCACAGACCAAAGAGCAGGCAGACUUUGCAGUGGAGGCCCUGGCCAAGGCAAAGUACGAUCGUUUGUUUAAAUGGAUUCUGGCUCGCAUCAACAAGGCACUUGACAAAACCAAGAGGCAGGGGGCGUCUUUCCUGGGCAUCUUGGAUAUCGCCGGCUUCGAGAUCUUUGAGGUGAACUCCUUCGAGCAGCUGUGCAUCAACUUCACCAACGAGAAGCUGCAGCAGCUCUUCAACCACACCAUGUUUGUCCUGGAGCAGGAGGAGUACCAGCGAGAGGGCAUCGAGUGGAACUUCAUUGACUUUGGCCUGGACCUACAGCCCUGCAUCGAGCUGAUCGAGAGACCGAAUAACCCCCCUGGUAUCCUGGCACUGCUGGAUGAGGAGUGUUGGUUCCCCAAGGCAACAGAUACCUCCUUUGUGGAGAAACUCUGCUCCGAGCAGGCCAACCACCCCAAGUUCCAGAAGCCCAAGCAGCUCAAGGGCAAGACUGAAUUCUCAGUGUUUCACUAUGCUGGCCAGGUUGAUUACAAUGCCGAUGAAUGGCUGACAAAGAACAUGGACCCCCUAAAUGACAAUGUAACCUCCCUCCUAAACAACUCCUCUAGCCAGUAUGUGGCAGACCUCUGGAAAGACGUCGACCGCAUCGUCGGGCUCGACCAGUUGACGAAAAUGACAGACAGCUCUGCCCCCAGCGCCUCCAAGACCAAGAAGGGCAUGUUCCGCACGGUGGGCCAGCUGUACAAAGAGAGCUUGACGAAGCUGAUGACCACUUUGAGGAACACCAACCCAAACUUUGUGCGGUGCAUCAUCCCCAACCACGAGAAGAGGUCUGGGAAGCUGGAUGCUAACCUUGUCUUGGAGCAGCUUCGUUGCAAUGGCGUCCUGGAAGGGAUCAGAAUCUGCCGACAAGGCUUCCCCAACCGAGUCCUCUUCCAGGAGUUCCGACAGAGAUACGAAAUUCUGGCUGCUGGGUCUAUUCCUAAAGGCUUCAUGGAUGGCAAACAGGCCAGUGCACUUAUGAUCAAAGCCCUGGAGCUGGAUCCUAAUCUCUACCGGAUUGGUCAGAGCAAGAUCUUCUUCCGCACGGGAGUGCUGGCUCACCUGGAAGAGGAGCGCGACCUGAAGGUCACCGUCAUCAUCAUUGCCUUCCAGGCACAGAUCCGUGGCUACCUCGCCAGGAAGGCAUUUGCUAAGAGACAGCAGCAGCUGACAGCCAUGAAGGUGAUCCAGAGAAACUGUGCUGCCUACCUGAAACUGCGCAACUGGCAGUGGUGGAGACUCUUCACCAAGGUCAAGCCACUGUUGCAGGUCACCCGACAGGAGGAGGAAAUGCACUUGAAAGAAGACGAGCUGCAGAGAACCAGAGAGUUGCAGCAGAAGGCAGAGACGGAACUGAAGGAUCUUUCUCAGAAACAUACUCAGCUGGUAGAGGAGAAGAAUCUCCUCCAGGAACAGCUGCAGGCAGAGACAGAACUGUACGCAGAGGCAGAGGAGAUGCGGGUUCGACUGGCUGCCAAGAAACAGGAGCUGGAGGAGAUCAUGCACGAGAUGGAGGCUCGCAUUGAGGAGGAGGAGGAACGCAGUGCGGUGCUGCAGGGAGAGAAGAAGAAGAUGCAGCAGCAGAUGCAGGACCUGGAGGAGCAGCUAGAGGAAGAGGAGGACGCCCGUCAGAAGCUGCAGCUGGAGAAGGUGACGGCCGAGGGCAAGAUCAAGAAACUGGAGGAUGAAGUUCUGAUCAUGGACGACCACAACAAUAAGCUGCUCAAGGAGAGGAAGCUGUUGGAGGAGAGAAUUGCAGACUUCAGCACAAACCUGGCAGAGGAGGAGGAGAAAUCCAAGAACCUGACCAAGCUGAAGAACAAACACGAGUCCAUGAUCUCCGAGCUCGAAGUGCGUCUCAAGAAGGAGGAGAAGAGUCGUCAGGAGCUGGACAAAGGGAAGCGGAAGCUGGAAGCAGAGGUGAAUGACUUCCAAGAGCAGAUUGCCGACCUCCAGGCUCAGAUCGCCGAGCUGAAGGCACAGCUGGCUAAGAAAGAGGAGGAGCUGCAGAAUGCACUGGGACGGCUGGAGGAUGAGACAGCUCAGAAAAACAAUGCCCUGAAGAAGAUCCGGGAGCUGGAGGGGCACAUCUCAGACCUGCAGGAGGACCUGGACUCUGAGCGUGCUGCUCGCAACAAGGCUGAGAAAUACAAGCGGGACCUGGGGGAGGAGCUGGAGGCACUCAAGAGUGAGCUGGAGGACACACUGGAUAGCACAGCCACGCAGCAGGAGCUCCGGGCAAAGCGUGAACAGGAAGUGACACUUAUGAAGAAAGCUCUGGAGGAGGAGGGCCGCAGCCAUGAGGCACAGGUGCAGGAAAUGCGACAGAAACACACGCAGGCUGUGGAGGAGCUAACCGAGCAGCUGGAGCAGUCCAAGCGGGCGAAGGUUAAUCUGGAGAAGGCAAAGCAGGUUCUGGAGAAGGAGAACGCAGAGUUGGCAGGGGAUGUACGCUUGCUGUCUCAAGCCAAGCAGGAGGUAGAACACAAGAGGAAGAAGCUAGAAGGGCAGCUGACCGACCUGCAGGCCAAAUACCACGAUGGAGAGAAACAAAAAGCAGAGCUGGGAGAGCGCGUCUCCAGACUGACGAAUGAGCUGGACAGCGUAACCAAUCUCCUAAAUGAGGCUGAUGGCAAAACCAUCAAACUGAGCAAGGAUGUGUCCAGUCUAAGCUCCCAGCUCCAGGACACACAGGAGCUGCUGUCAGAGGAGACUCGUAUGAAGCUGAAUGUAACCACCCGGAUGAGACAGGUGGAGGAGGAGCGAAACACACUGCAGGAGCAACUGGAUGAGGAGGCAGAGGCCAAGAAGAACCUGGAGAGGAACAUCUCCACACUCAAUACACAGCUGUCAGAUUCAAAGAAGAAGCUGGAGGAGUUUAUGAGCUCUGUGGAGCUGCUAGAAGAGGGGAAGAAGCGGUUGCAGCGUGACCUGGAGGCAGCAAACACACAGUUCGAAGAGAAGGCCUCUGCCUACGAUAAGCUAGAGAAGACCAAAAACCGCCUGCAGCAAGAGCUGGAAGACCUGAUUGUGGAUCUGGACAACCAGAGACAGCUGGUCUCCAACCUGGAGAAGAAGCAGAAGAAGUUUGAUCAGAUGCUGGCAGAAGAAAAGAGCAUCUCCAACAAGUAUGCGGAUGAGCGGGACCGCGCUGAGGCGGAGGCCCGCGAGAAGGAGACACGAGCUCUGUCCCUGGCCCGGGCACUUGAUGAGGCCCAGGACUCCCGCGAGGAGCUUGAGAGGAUCAAUAAGCAGCUCCGAUUCGAGAUGGAAGACCUGGUCAGCUCCAAGGAUGACGUCGGCAAGAGCGUCCACGAGAUGGAGAAGUCAAAGCGCGCCCUGGAGACGCAAGUGGAGGAGAUGAAGACCCAGCUGGAGGAGCUGGAGGACGAGCUGCAGGCUACCGAGGAUGCCAAGCUGCGCCUGGAGGUCAACAUGCAGGCACUCAAGGCCCAGUUUGAGAGGGACCUGCAGGGGCGUGACGAGCAAAGCGAGGAGAAGAGAAGGCAGCUGGGAAAACAGGUGCGUGAACUGGAGACAGAGCUGGAGGAUGAGCGCAAGCAACGAGCCCUGGUGGGCACUGCCAAGAAGAAGCUGGAAGGAGAUCUCAAGGACAUGGAGGGGCAGGUGGAAGCCGUCACCAAGGGACGCGAUGAAGCCAUCAAACAGCUCCGCAAGAUCCAGGGCCAGGUGAAAGACCUCCAGCGGGAGCUUGAGGACGCAUGCAACGCCCGGGAGGAAGUGUUGGCCACCGCCAAGGAGAGCGAGAAGAAAGCAAAGAGUUUGGAGGCAGAGCUGAUGCAACUGCAGGAGGCCCUGGCAGCAGCAGAGCGCGCUCGGAAACAGGCAGAGGCUGAGAGGGAUGAGUUAACCGACGAACUGACCAACAACGCAUCUGGAAAGUCAGCAAUGACCGAUGAAAAAAGACGUCUGGAGGCCAAGAUCGCUGCCCUGGAGGAGGAGCUGGAGGAGGAGCAGAGCAGCAUGGAGAUGCUCAAUGAUAGGCUGAGGAAAGCAGUGCAGCAGACAGAACAGCUCACCAACGAGCUGGUGACAGAGCGCAGCAUCUCCCAGAAGAACGAGAGCGCCCGGCAGCAGCUGGAGCGGCAGAACAAGGAGCUCAAGGCCAAGCUGCAGGAGAUGGAGGGAGCCAUCAAGUCCAAAUUCAAGACCUCUAUCACCUCACUGGAGGCCAAGGUCCAAGGGUUGGAGGAGCAGCUGGAACUGGAGGCUAGGGAGAAACAGGCAUCUGCCAAAGGGCUUAGGCAGAAGGAGAAGAAGCUGAAGGAUAUGAUGAUGCAGGUGGAGGAUGAGAGGAAACAGGCUGAGCAGUACAAAGACCAGGCAGAGAAGGCGAACUUGCGGGUGAAGCAGCUCAAGAGGCAGCUGGAGGAGUCUGAGGAGGAGGCCCAGCGCAUCACCGCCGCCCGCAGGAAGCUGCAGCGCGAGCUUGAUGAGGCCACCGAGUCCAGCGAGGCCAUGAGCCGUGAGGUCGCUGCCCUCAAGAACAAGCUCAGGCGAGGGAACGAGGUCUCCUUUGGCUCAUCGCGUCGUGGUGCAGGCGGCCGGCGCCUAGUCAUUGAAGCGGGCGGCUCAGACGACGAGGUCGACGGCGGUGACGGAGACUUCAACGGGACGAAAGCCAGCAAAUGAACUCACACCCUAAAUUAAUCGACACGUCAAACUCUAUUAUCAAACUUUACUUUCCAGGUGUUGUACUACCAGCAGCACUAAAAACUCUGUUUUGAACACUGGGUGGCAGCAACGAGACUGCUUUGCAAAUUUGAUGCCGUUUUAAACUGUGCUUAAAUAAGAUUAUAGCAUCAGAUCACACUUCAAUUGUACCUUCUUCCUUUGCUGUCUUUUACAUUUCGCCACAAUUUGCAAUUCUCCUUUAAAUUCCACGAGCCGGUAAAUACUAUGUACUGUAAUACAGCUUUAAAUCUCGCGAGCAAGUACAUCUGGUUUUAAAUCUCCCGAACAAGAGAGCAAUGCGAGAUACAAGUCAGGAAGGAGGGACAUUGCCGAAGUGCAGUGGUGAAAAGUUUUCUUUUUUUUGAGGUAUUUUAUUAUUAUUUUUUCACCGGGAAAAGGAUCAAGUCAACGUAAAUUGCGUAACCAUUUACAGCGUUUUUCUGGUGUUUAUUGGCUAGACACCGAUUUUUUUGUAUCGGGUUUUAUCUGUUAGAACCGAAAUUCAGAAGCCUCUAGUUAUAAUUAAACUUAACUCAGGUGUCAAAGCACACACUCAGAUACUUUAUAUAAAUAGACGUGUACAGUAAAAAUAAAAUCAAUUCCAAUUAGACUCCAUGUUUUAAUUGUAUAAUUUUAAAGUAAAUAAUCCAGAUUCUCCCCAUAGAGCUGUAUAAGGUAGCUAAUGAUAACAGACCUGUUUCCAGUUCGAAUGUUCCUUCAACUAAAUAUCUUUCUUUACUGUAUGAGCUGUCUUCGUCCGUCCCCCUGGGAUAAUUACACAAGACAUGCACCGGUCACGAAAAAUUGCUAAAUCUCAAUCAUAUCACAAUUAUUAUAAUUAGUAUUAUUAUUAGUAACUUUUUGUUUUGUUUUUUGCCAUAAUAUUAUUGUUAUGUUUAUAAUACACUGAAACCGCUUGCACAUAUUAAAAAAAUAAAUAAAAACUUGUGUUUUAUCACAAGAAAUGAAAAAAAAAAAGAGUUGUCUUUUUCUUUUUAAUGUGCCGGAAGCUUUCUGCCCCACUCAAUUCAAAUAUUACGUGCCGUCUCAUAUUUACACUUUGUGGUGAAAUUAAGAUGUGAAUAGGAGCCUGCAUGAGUACACGUUUCUGUGAAAAUGAAAUGUUGGCUAAAAUCUGUACUUUCAGCAGUCUGAUAAACAGGGCGGAUACAUGCAAUCUAGUCUUGUUGAUUUAAAACACAAUUGAUUAGACAUGACACAACUUUGAUGUACAAUAAUGAUUUUAAUGUACAUAUUAAGAUAUACAAAAGUUUUCAAACUGUGCCUUUGUAUGAAGCACUACCUCAGCAAUGUUUUGGGCAAAGGAUGUACCCAUAUUGACAGAAACAUCGACAAACAGUUUGGGUUUAGUUCAGCAAUAUGCAGCAUGACAUUUAUAAUCAGUCUACUGUAUAGGCAUGUCCCUUCCUAGCAGCUGUAUGGAUUUUAGCAAGACAGCUGCAUUUGCACGCACCUACUUUAGGAAUUACUAUACCGGCAUUUGCUCAUGUUACACCAGCAUUAUUUCAGAGUACUGCUUUUACUGCACGUGUGCUUCACUGUUAUUUUCACUUCAUGUAAAGUGAAACACGAUGGGGAUGUUAAUGCUUUGCAGAUACUGUGAAGGCCACAGUGCUAAGCUGGAGUUCUGUAUAGCACAGUCUCCAUCCUACCGGACGCUUCCAAAGUCACCUGACUUUACCAGCUAAUAGAUAUGCCUGGGAUUACAUGUACAACAGAGUGAUGGUACGUUUAUGUCACUCAGUAAUUUGCAUAGCCGACCUGCAUGCUACAAAACAGUUGACUAGUUACUGCAAAUCACUAUGAAUUCAAUGUCUUCUGCUGCUGCAAGAGUGAAAACAAACAGGGGUCACCAAAAAACUGCAAAACAUUCUUUGUGGUCUACUGUUACCUGUUUUAUUGCUCCAUUCAUAUCCACAUGCAUAUUCAUGAACUGGGCGAGUGACUUUGGACCACAAUGUGGAGCUGCAUCAUAACUAUAUUUAUUUAAGAGCAGAUUAAGAGUAGUUUUAGCUGUUUUAGGAGUAAGCAGUAAAGCAGCAACAGACUAGAAAGCACAGCUCCUGUCUGCACUUUAAAACAAGCACAAGUACUAGUAGAAGGUGUUAUAGCAUUCGGUUAUCAAUAGUACAAUGAAGGUAUUAUGGCAUAAACGCAUUCUCUAUAGCAAAAGUCUGCCUUGUUGUCAAUGCUACCAUAUCAUCUAAUUAGUUGUGAGCUACCUUACAGUAUACAGCAUGCAGUGCUGCAACAAUUACUCAAACAAUUCCCAAAAGUUGCACUCGCUAUUUGAAUUUCUUUCUAUUUGGUUAAACUAUGAAAAUGAGAAUCUCAAAGUAAGUUUCUGCGUGGAGUUAAAAGCCAUUCCAGUCAUCAAGGACAAGGACACCAUUUUCUUACUGUAGCUUCUGUCAAGUUGAGACAAUGAGCACAAAUUUGAAGCAAUCUAAAUCUAUAGGAGUCCUGGACUAAUUUGGUAUCAGGUUCAUGCAGCAGUAAUGGCAAGGUUGGUGCAACUAUCACUUUGCCAUUUUGGCACGGUACGGACAGUCACAUAAAGCAGAGGUUACCUGUCUUCUCUAAACACACAAAAACAGCUGCCCCAUUUUGUUUUAGUACCCUGAAUAAUGUUGUACUUCUCAACAUUAAAACAUUUAAGUUUAGUGGGGCUGAGGCUGUGGACACCUCCCCUGGAAGCUUGCUGGAGCAGAGCAGCUUCGUUUAUCAUGGUAACUACAUUAAAGUGAUAGCGAACCAGAACUGUCACACCCUGCGUAAUAAAUAGCAAGCGGUAAAAAAAAAAUUAACAGAUUACACAAGAAAUCAUGUUUCACCUUGGAAAAAUUAAUCACUGCAAUUGUUGCAAGACUAUAAAACCUUACAAAAAGUGUAUUAAAUGGAAAUUCUAUUUUUUAUCAGACUAACAGUAACAGUAGUUUUAAUUUGCAGCUACACUACCAGGUUUAUAUUUGGAAGCCCCAUCAUUUAGUACUUCAUAUCUCAGAACAAAUAAAGAAAAAACAACAAAGGGUAUAACACUAUAAAAUAAAAUAAAAAUAAGUUAGCUCAAAAUGGUAAAGCAACACAAAAGCAAACCACAAUCUAGAUAUAUACUGCUUAAAUUAUAAUCUCUCCAUGUUGUGGAAAGAAUGAGAAAAAACAGAGAAAUGAAUAACACAUUAAAAAGUAACAUAGGAGGUAUUGCACUAAUACUAAAAUAAUACUGCUGAAACUAUAAGCAGCUAAGUCAAGCAUUCAAAUAUUUUAAUGGAUGUCUACAAUCACUGCCUGAAGCUAUGGAUGGCAAACUACUGUUCAAGUAAACACACACUGAGCCAAAAUCAUGGCCAGUGUUUAGUUUCAGACAGGUGUGUUAUUAUUUUCUUUAGCUUUUGUUUGAGGGAGAGGGAACAAGUGCUAUUUUACGCUCUCCUGCCUGCCAACAAAGGUAAUCACACAACAAUGACCACAAAUAAAUGAUAAUGCACCGUCAAGUGCAACUCAAUAUAUAGUACAUAGGGACAACUGGGAAAUUCAUUUCUACUAGGUUUACAAAGCACCAAUGAGGAGUUUGUGGUGGAAAAACCUGAUAACCUUUAACAAAACACACACUGCUUACAGGAACAAGAUUAUAACUCCAUCUCUGGAUUAAUGGAGCAUGACCGGUUUUAGACAAUAGAUAUUAGUGGCAAAAUCAACCGCAGAAUUAAUAUGAAGCUAAUCAGGCAUUGCUGCAAAACUCUCCAGCCAAACUCUGCCACCAUGCUUUCCACUCACCACAUCUCUGAAGUCCACAAGCAUAUGAUAAUGAGUACAAAAA